AUUCAAUUCUUUACUUUUCUCUGUGCAACCUCACCACCAAAUGGAAGAAUAGCGAAGUGUCUUUGCGUAAACGUGAAACAAUAAGCAUUGGUUACAUUUCCCUAGGCAUUCAUCCAACGUAGAGCGGGUGUCAUAGUAAUGAUUGAAAUAACAUCAACUUCUAAAAAAUCUAAGGGUAAAUUGCAGUCGUACAGUAGCAAACCGUUCUUGUAGUAAAGUUAGGAUAUGUUUCUUCCAUUGGGUAAUUCCAAGUGUAACGUUUUUCAACAAUGAUCUAGGAAACAGGUAUAUAGGUUGAGUGAGCUUCUUACUUGAUUUCUACUAGCAUUGCUUUCAUCAUCCGUAAUACAUACAGAAAAAAAUAAAAAUAAAAAUAAAGAAUGCCUUGUGACAAUUUCCUGCUUGCAUGAAUUGAUGAAUGUUUUGUAUUCAAGCCCAUAAAUAAGUACCAUUUCGACACAGUCGCUCGAAGAACCUACUAACCCAUACUACACCUUUGACACUGUCCUCAACAUAUUCUUUGAGUUUUUAUAUCUUCUGUAUUCAAAUAUUAUAAUAUGGCUAUUACUUUUAAGCAACAAAUGUUGUCUAUCUUUGGAAUCUUCAUCCUAGGUGGCCCUGUUUCAUUCAUCUUACUCAAGAAUCAUCUAUACGAAAAGCGAAGGGUGUAUUAUAAGAUGCAGAGGGAGAGAGAAAGUGAAGGCAAAACAGAAUCCGGUUGAGUUAACAUUUAUUAACCUAUGAAAGUAAGCAUUUCGAAAGUGAAAAAUACAACAGGGAUAAAUAUCCGCUUUCAAUACCCUGUAAUAGCUUAGAAUCUUUUGAACGACAUGGAAAUCUCCAAUUAAAGAAAAAUAAUCUCAAAGCUCAAGACUUUUGCACUCCUUAUACCUUUUUUGAUUCAAAUGCGUGGUUCAAAUACGAAUUGCAUACCGGAUGAACCAAAUUAGUCAACCAGCUUUCUUAUGUUUUCUUUUUUUUUGUACAUGCUGCUGAAAUGUAUAUUAUCUAUGUCUGUGAGAUUGUGGGAAGACCAGAUCUCCUGGAUAAUUCCUUAUAAGAGAAGUAGAGUAUUACAUGGAAUCUUGAAAACAACGCUACGUAUUGUAUGAAAAAAAGGAAAGAGAAUCAGGGAAAAUAAUUAGAAUAAUAAUUCACUCAAAUACUAGGGCACACCCGUUCCGUUAUAGAUUAAGAAGACGUUCAUAACACAAAAUUAGAGGUUGCGACACGGGUGAGUCGUGAUCAAAAUAAUACUAGCCUCACUUCCUCAGUGCCUUUUAAAAAAAGGUUCUUAAAA